CGGCAGUCGCUCGCCCGAAGUGGCACCCUAAGCGAUCGCUGGCGACUCCUGAAACCAAAACAAUCCAGAUCCUCCGUCGUCAGCUCCCGAUCCACCCUGAAGGUCAUCUUGCGUUUGGAAACUGUCAUUGUAGGUUUAAAAUAUGGGUAACCACGCUUCCAUAGGUGAACGAAGAGAUCGUCAUAAAUCAGGAGACCAAUUUACUCCUUAUUCUCCUGGAAGAAUAGAUGGCCAGGCAUUUACAUUUGAUAAACAUAAGGCCAACAAACUACACCAACAGCCAUCAGAGGAGGAGCAGGAACCUGUUGUAUUGAAAAAAUCAACCUCUGAUGGCAAAGACAGUGAAGAGCAUGUGCCUAUUAGACCUCGGGCUGUUAUUACACAGGGAAACAAGAAAAUGUUACCCUUUGUGAUUAAGUGGAGUGGAGGAGGCCAAGCUGUAUCCAUUGCUGGCACAUUUAACCAAUGGCAGAGUAUUCCUAUGGUGAAAAGUGAAAAAGACUUUGUUGCCAUUGUGGACCUGCCUGAAGGACAUCAUGAAUAUAAAUUUCUUGUUGAUGGUGAAUGGAAGUACAACGAAAAUGAGACUGCUUGUGAUAAUAACAUUGGCUCACUGAACAAUGUUAUCACUAUCAAGGAGAGUGAUUUUGAAGAAUUUGAAAAUGCACUUCUCCGAGAUCCAAAUGAUAAGAAUGACAAAACUUAUGGUGUUCAGGCUCUGAACAAAGAAAAGGGGGAAGUAGAAAAGAAGGAUGAAUACAGUCAGGAAAUCCCUGAGUACCACCAGUGGGAGAAGGUUCGAGGACCCCCUGUCUUACCCCCACACCUUCUGCAGGUCAUACUCAACAAGGAUACACCAAUCUCGUGUGAACCAACACUACUUCCUGAACCUAACCAUGUAAUGCUCAACCACAUGUAUGCUCUGAGCAUCCGUGACGGCAUGAUGGUUCUUUCAACGUCAAUUCGUUUCCGCAAGAAGUGUGUAACCACUCUCAUCUACAGACCUAUUGAGUAAUCAUCAAACUUGCAAAGCUGAAUGUUUGUUCACACAUUCUAAAUUUCCCAAGGAAACAUAUUCUUAUAGUUGCUAGGAUUAUACUCAUAAAUUUGAAGCACAAAUAUUUUGUGAAAUGAUUUUUGUUUUAACAUUUUAAUAUACUGAAUCACUGACACAGGGACUGGCAGAAGGCAAGCAAUGCUUACCUGAACAGGAAUGUAAAUCUUACUGAAAUGUUUUUCCAAGUAAAAUGGAUAGAAUAUGAGUAGAUUAAUGCACCUUUUUCUUCUUACUCUGUAAUAGAGUGAUCAGUCAAGACUACAUAGAUUUUCUAGUAAGAAUUUACACCAGUUGUUUGACUUCUUGGAUAUAGGUUUAUGUAAUUUAACCCAAUGCCGACGGGUAUGACGUGUACGUGUGCUAUGCCCAUUGUGAGUUACUUGUUUGAUUGUUUUUUUUUUUUUUCACAUAGAUGGCAACACUUGUACUAACUCCCCAAUGAGCCAGUUACGAGUACUGCCCGUCCUGCCCGUUUACCCUUUUCUUUGAUUUACGAAAUAUUUUACAUUAUCUUAUUUUGCUGUCACUAAUGUAAAAAAACAUUAUAAUAAUUAUAAUGUUUAUGAUAAAAAUAACACCAUCGACAUUCAUAGCACUAGUGAAAAAUACGUGAUUCCCGCCAUUUCAAAUCAGGCACUAGCAGAGCCAUCUAUGGGCAGACAUUUCACAAAAAAUGUAGAAAAUAGGCACAGCAUUUUCCCCAUUUUUUGUUCAUUUUCCCCAGCGGCAUUGGGUUAAUGUAAUUUCAAGAAAUAAAUGACUAAUGAAUUUGGAACAUGAAAAUAGAUUUAUGAAAUAUAUGACUAAUGUAUUUAGAAAUUUAAGUUAACAAAGGAACUACACCAGUUGAAGGUGAUAUAAAAAAAAUUCUAUUCAAUUUGUUCAUAUUCUGAAUAAAGGAUAUGAUAAAACUUUCCCAUGUAUAGUAAUAUGCAGUAACCAAUUUGUAUUUGUUGAUAUUUGCACCCUAAAUUGAUUUUUUGUUGUGUUUAUUCAUAAAUAAUAUAUUUAGAACAUUAUACACUGUAUAUUUAUUUUACUUUGUAGAAACAGGUCAGGUCUUUUAAUUAGAAUAAAUAUUUUUCUCUUGUAUCACCAAACAAUCAUCAUUUUAAGAAUAAUGUCAUUUAAGAAUAAAGUGUAACCUAUGUAUUAACAAAAUAAUUGUAGUAGUUCAUGGUGAAAUAUAAAUAUAGAAAAAAACAACUAAAUGGAAAUUUUAGUAAUUACAGUCUGUACUAAGUGAUUUCCUUAUAGAUCACUAUAAUGUAGAUAUAACUUGCCUAUUUUGAAUACAUUUACAACUUCAGUCUUGUUUCAAUAUCAAGACACCUAACACCUAGAGAACUAAAAUAUCAACACACCUAACAGCUAAAAUAUCAUGUCAUAAAAACAAUAAGCUUUUUUAGAUUAACCCAGUGGCGCAGGGUGGUUUCAGGGUGACUGCCAGGGAUCAUGUCAUCAUCAUAGCGUGUGGCACUACCAUACAUGCACCCAGAACAUAGUCCAGGCAUGCCAUGGCAUAUACAUGCAUGCCACCUGGCGGCAUUUGGUUAAAAGAUAUGUACAGAAAUUGUAAAGCAGUAUUCUUGAUAUAUAUGUAUGUACACACACACACACACACACACACACACACACACACACACACACACACACACACACACACACACACACACACACACACACACACACACACACACACACA